GGGGAUCGGGCUCGGCGCUGCCGUUACUGUGCUCGCGCGGGCACGAGGAGGAGGAUACGACGGUCCGCAUGCGGCGGUCGGGUGCUGCACAUGCCGUAGUCUGGCAGCGCGCACAGCCCGGAGUGGAAACGAGCCAUGGCGCCCCUCGGCUCGUGCCUCUCGAACCUGUUUACAAACAAGCGCACUUUCCUCCACGGACUGGCGCUGUGCCGUAGCGCUUUGCGCGCGUACUCCGGAUUAGCGCAGCGCCCGAGGAGGGCGACUCGCUGUCCCGCCGGGAGGCUCGAAGUGCCGGUGGCCACUGGACCGGCGCGCCACGGUCCCCGAAGCGCCGCGGCGGCGCUGAGCACUUCGCGCUCCGAGCGGGGGCGGGGCGGGACCGGCUGGCUGUGGUCCAUCUACCACGACACCAAGAAGAAGACGGAAGAUUCAAUACCUAUGAUACUGAACAACGCCGUCAAUCCCAACACCAUCUUUGCCAACAAUGAGAUGAGCCUGCAGGACAUCGAGAUCUACGGCUUCGACUACGACUACACGUUGGCUUUCUACUCCAGCCACCUACACACUCUGAUAUUCAACAUCGCUCGCAACAUACUCAUCGAAGAGCACAGGUAUCCUGAGGGACUGAAGGAAUAUGACUAUAUUCCUAAUUUUGUGAUACGGGGUCUACACUAUGAUGUUCAGAAGGCUUUGCUGAUGAAGAUCGAUGCGUUCCACUACAUUCAGUUAGGGACCGUGUACAGGGGCCUGAACCCGGUACCGGAUAAGGAGGUCAUCGCCAUGUACGAAGGAUCCCACGUACCCCUAGAAAUCAUGAGCGACUUCUACGGCAAGAGUUCCCACGGCCACACAAUGAAACAGUUCAUGGACAUUUUCUCCUUACCUGAGAUGACCUUGCUCUCCUGUGUCAACGACUACUUCAUGAAGCACAACAUCGACUACGAGCCGGUCCACCUCUACAAGGACGUCAAGGAGGCGAUAGGAGACGUACAUGUGAAGGGGAUCCUGUACCGCGCUGUGGAGGCUGACAUUGAGAAGUACAUCUGCUACGGUGAGCAGACGCACGCGGUCCUGAGGAAGCUGUCGGAGAAUGGCAAGAAGAUGUUUCUUAUCACCAACAGCCCCUUCGAUUUCGUAGACCGGGGGAUGAAUUACAUCGUCGGGAAGGACUGGAGGGACCUGUUUGAUGUUGUCAUAGUGCAGGCCGACAAGCCUGGCUUCUUCAACGACAGGAGGAAGCCUUUCAGACGUGUCACCGAUAAUGGAGUCUUGCUCUGGGACAGGAUUCACAAGCUGGAGAAGGGAAAGAUCUACAAGCAGGGUAACCUGUACGAGUUCCUGCGACUUACUGGCUGGAGAGGCUCCAAAGUGCUCUACUUCGGAGAUCACAUCUACAGCGACCUUGCAGAUCUUACUCUAAAGCAUGGAUGGAGGACUGGCGCGAUCAUCCCUGAGCUGAGGAAGGAGAUCAAGAUCAUGAACACGGAGGAGUACAUCCACACCAUGACAUGGCUGCAGGGCCUGACGGGCCUCGUGGAGCGUAUGCAGGUGUACCGGGACCCAGAUUCACAAGCCGUGGUGCAGGAAUGGAUUAAAGAGAGAGAGGAAAUUAGAUCACAGACAAAGGGCUUUUUCAACUCUCAGUUUGGGAGCCUGUUCCGGACCUACCACAACCCCACCUAUUUCUCCCGUCGCCUCUCACGCUUUGCUGACAUCUAUAUGGCCUCGCUCAGCUGCUUGCUUGACUACGACCUCCGCCACACCUUCUUCCCCAGGCGCAACCCGCUGCAGCAUGAGUCUCCCUUCUGGCCGGAGCAAGGCGGCUUAAGCGCUGUUGGUAUCCCUGCGCAGGCCCGGCGGACGCAGGUCUCGCCCGAGUAGAGGUGAACGGGCACCCUGCGUCCACAGAGGGAUGCCCGGCAGUCAGGCCACUCCUGUGCACGGCCACGUCCGUGGGACUGGCAGUCUCGCAUACACCUAAGUCAUUGUAGACAUCCUUAGGCUGAGUAUCGUGACUAAGGCCCAUCUUCUUGACCUGUGCCUUUGUGAGUCCAAACACCAUUUCUGUGCUUUCACUUUGAGAGCAUUUCACAUAUACUUUCUACCCCCACACAUGAACUUCGCACAGAUUUAACGCUUGUGUCGUAAAACAGUAGUUGCAAGGUAAAGAUGUAGUAAUGGUGUGCUUUUAACAAUAUUCUUUGUAUAAAAUUUCAGCGAUCCGUUAUGCUCAGUAUCUUUAGAUACGUGUACUGUGUACAUUCAGGAAAAGCUAGAAUAAUUUUGUGUAAAUUUAAAGGUAAGCCUUUGGGACACACCAGGCUUAAUGUCAAGCAGUCUUUUCAUACGUGACUACUGUAUUGCUGAAUCUAUUUAGCCAAUUACACAGUCCGAUUCACACCACUGUCAUAAUUCAUAUAUCUAAAAGUAUAAAAUAUGAUUAAGGAUUGUCUUCAGAACGUAAAUCUAAGGGCACAGGACAAAGGGAUUUGCUGGACUAUGUCAUGCUAGAGAGGAGCAGUAGAACAGAUAAAAACCUGAAUGAAAUGUUUCAGUGGGAUGCCUUACAUUAGUCAUAAAUAGAUGUAUAUAUUUUUAGUAACUUCAAUACUUCCGCACUGCCCUCUUAAUUUAUGUUCUUUCAGUAUCAGUUUUUCCAGUAUAAAUAAUUAAUUCAUUCAAAACAUGGUGUGUUGACUGCACAGUUUUAUAAGGGAGGGUAAAUCACUAAUAAUCCCACAGAAUUAUGUUAGUCUCCAUUUUCGCAGCAGUUGGAUUAGCAGGAGGUUCAUAGAAAAGGACUAUUUUUCUAUAGAAAAAGUUAGUUGUCUUUUUCAACUUUCUUGAACUUCUGGUGUAAUUUAGGAUAUAUAUGGGUGUUUAAAGUUUUGUACAAUGCUAUUUUUUUUUAAGUGCAUGAAACCAUAAUGCUUCGAUUCAUUUAUCCACUUAUUUUAUUGAAAUGUGUGAGCACUGAAGUAAGUGAAAACAUGAGCAAAGGAUGGCAGGAUUAAAACUUCCUGUGAUUGUUUUACAACCAUUUAAACAUAUCUUGGUUUCCACAAAGUGACAAAGCUAUAGGAAAAAUCAGAGGCACUGGCUUUGCACAAGGCUUGGAAGGGAAAUACUGAGAUAAUGGAAUUUAAGGAUGUUGUUCAUGCAGUUUUCAGUCAGAGUGCUCCAGUUUGACUGUGAUUUUUGGAAAGUCAGUGUUUUUGUUUACACUUGUAUGGUGUUGCCUCUGCUUUUUCAUUGAUUUCAGAAUGUAUUCUGCAAUUAUUUAUUAAAAAAUGGCUGGCUCCUUGUGAAGACUGGUGUAUUAGCCUUUUAAAAAUUAUAUUUCAGUAGUUAUAACUACAGAACAUGUACAAAUCAGUAGAGUCGGUGAAUAUUUUCACUUCCACCGUAGAGAGUCAAAUACGGGUGCUGGGAAUGUACUGCUUGUUGACCUUGGUGAGUGAUGUGAGGGUGAAGCGAUAACGGAUCAUAGCGUUAGGCUCCUUGCAAUUCAUCUGAUCCCCACUCCAGUUGGAAACCUAGCCCAGAGGAACUGGAUCCAAGCCAGCAUUGCUACCUGAUCUGACAAAGCUGUUGUAUUGCAUCACCAUGACAACAUUUAAAUACUGGCUGCCAGCCAGUGUUAGUGUGUAUUGUUCAAUGAGGACUUUUCAAAAACCCCAGGGAUGUGUAGAUGUCCAACGCUACUCUUGGGAUAGAACAAGAUGGCUUACAGGCAGUCUGGGAUUUAAUUUAGGCAUUGGAAGUUUUUCUGGGCAAACGCAUAUCUACAUGUCUGGCAAAUAAAUUGUCAACAACUGGUAAAAAUAUCUCAAG